GGGAGGCGCGCGGCGCGAGCGGCGGACGGCGGGCAGGCGGCUCUCGCGCUCCCGCUCCUGCUCUCGCACGCACACGCCCGCACACCCCGGCGCGCACACACCCCCGCACACGCCCGCUCUCUCGCACCGAGGCGGGGACCGGGCUAGCAGAGCGCACCCCGCGCCCGUGCCCACCUCGCCGCCUUUGCGCUCCGCAGCGGCGCCCCUCGCCCGGCGCCCCCGCCGGCCCUGCCGGAAGAUGGUCAACGACCGGUGGAAGACCAUGGGCGGCGCUUCCCAACUUGAGGACCGGCCGCGCGACAAGCCGCAGCGGCCGAGCUGUGGCUACGUGCUGUGCACCGUGCUGCUGUCGCUGGCUGUGCUGCUGGCCGUGGCUGUCACUGGUGCUGUGCUCUUCCUGAACCACGCCCAUGCACCGGGCACAGCACCCCCACCAAUCGUCAGCACUGGAGCCGCUGGUGCCAACAGCGCCCUGGUCACUGUGGAGCGGGCUGACAGCUCGCGCCUCAGCAUCCUCAUCGACCCACGCUGCCCUGACCUCAGCGACGGCUUCGCCCGCCUGGAGGGUGCCCAGGCCUCCGUGCUGCAAGCACUGGCCGUGCACCAGGCCCAGCCUCGGCUACCGGGUGAGCAAGAGCAGGAGCUGCUGGACACGCUGGCGGAACAGCUGCCCCGGCUGCUGGCCCGGGCCUCGGAGCUGCAGGAGGAGUGUGUGGGGCUGCGGAAGGGGCACAGCACGCUGGGCCAGGGGCUGAGUGCCCUGCAGAGUGAGCAGGGCCGCCUCCUCCAGCUUCUGUCUGAGAGCCAAGGCCACUUGGCUCACCUGGUGAACUCCGUCAGUGACGUCCUGGAUGCUCUGCAGAGGGACCGGGGGCUGGGCCGGCCCCGAGUCAAGGCUGACCUUCAGAGGGCACCUGUCCGGGGAGCCCGGCCCCGGGGCUGUGCCAGCGGUUCUCGGCCCCGGGACUGUCUGGACGUCCUCUUGAGUGGACAGCAGGACGAUGGCGUGUACUCUGUCUUCCCUAUCCACUACCCCGCCGGCUUCCAGGUCUACUGUGACAUGCGCACAGAUGGUGGUGGCUGGACGGUAUUUCAGCGCAGGGAGGAUGGCUCCGUGAACUUCUUCCGGGGCUGGGAGGCGUACCGCGAUGGCUUCGGCAAGCUCACGGGGGAGCACUGGCUAGGACUCAAGAGGAUCCAUGCACUGACCACACAGGCUGCCUAUGAGCUACACGUGGACCUGGAGGACUUUGACAACGGCACGGCCUAUGCCCACUAUGGGAGCUUUGGUGUGGGCUUGUUCUCUGUGGACCCAGAGGAAGAUGGGUACCCGCUCACCGUGGCUGACUACUCGGGCACUGCAGGCGACUCUCUCCUGAAACACAGUGGCAUGAGGUUCACCACCAAGGACCGUGACAGUGACCACUCGGAGAACAACUGUGCUGCCUUCUACCGUGGUGCCUGGUGGUACCGCAACUGCCACACGUCUAACCUCAACGGGCAGUACCUGCGAGGCGCGCACGCCUCCUAUGCUGAUGGUGUGGAGUGGUCCUCCUGGACCGGCUGGCAGUAUUCACUCAAGUUCUCUGAGAUGAAGAUCCGGCCGGUCCGGGAGGACCACUAGAGAGGAGCACUGUCCAGCUAUUUUCCCUCUGGCCUUGCCCCUUCCCUAUGCCUCCCAUCCCAUCCUUGUCACCAGCCCACUCCUGUGCCAACAUUCUCUGCCCGCCUGUGCAUGGCUGACUGCUCUGCUGGGGGCAUGGCCAGGGAGGCCCAGACACUAAGCUCCCUGGGCCAGUGAGGUCACAUACCACCUUCUCAUUGUCCCCAACCCUCCGGUUGGCAACUAACAUUAUCUCCUGCCUCUGCCGAUGGGACCUGGCAAAUUUGAUGACCCCAAAUUCUACCUGUCCGGACUGGCUCCUGUGCUAAACGUCUGCCAUCUCCUAGCCAGGACGGUGCAGUCUGCCACCAGGUAGCCCCUCUGCUUUGUCUGCUCAAACCCCUGGCAUUGCAGGGAUACAGAGGGCAAACAAAAACACCCUCAGAGCCCUCCAAGCAUUUCAGAGGGGAAAGCCGGUCUUCCUAGUCCUCUGGACACCAGCCCCCACCUGCAUUCCCGGAUGCCUGGAGGACCCACCUCCCCACAGGACCUCACUGUGGCUGCUUCUAAGGACUCCUGUGGCCAUGGGCUGAGUGGCCAUUUUCCCAUUAUGCCCCAAGGCCAGGUUAGGGCACAGUUACCUGUGGAGACCCUCACCCUCAGGCUGGGGGCAGUUCUGUGGAGGCUACCCACCCCAAGCCCCUGCAGGCCUAGGGGGUCUCCAGCCUUCUUAGCUGCUGUGCCAUUGCUGUCUGCAGUGAAGUCUUGCUCCACCCCCACCCAGCUUCCUGCCUUCCCCACACUGGGAGCCCCCACCCCAUUUCUCCUGCCUCUGGGCUGUGGGGGGCAGAGCCUUCGCCACUGGGCUGGGCCAGCAGGGGCCUCUUGGUUUUCUGGGAUCAUGAGUGGAGGCACUGGAGGUCCAGUGGCUGUUGCAGCAUCCCCCAGAGGCUGCUGUCACCACGGGGAGGCUGCCCCUUGCCGGUGACUGUGGGCAUCACCACCUGGACCCAGUCAGGGUGGGGCACCAGGCUGAACACCACCGAGAGGUUGUCCGGCCACGUCCUCCCGCACAUAGGUGGGAACUGCAGGUGCCA